CAAAGCAUUUACAUAGGCCCCACGACAUGUCCUCUCAUAGACCCAAAGAUGUGAUUUCAAUCUUUUUUCCUUCAUCACUGCACUAACCUAUUCUUCUCUCACACCUCUGUCUUCUCUUUUUCUCACCUCCCUGCCGUUUCUUCAUUUCUUCCCAAACAUGUCUGGAGAUCAUAGACGAAAAGAUUCCGUCGAGGCCUCCUCCUCACGAUCCACUAACGCCGAUCAUCAUCAUCAGCAGCAGCAGCAACCAAACCCUCCACCGCUCAGCCGCUACGAGUCUCAGAAGCGCCGUGACUGGAACACCUUCGGUCAGUACCUCAAGAACCAGACCCCUCCAGUUCCUAUGUCCCAUUGCCAGUUCAACCACGUCCUCGACUUCCUUCGCUACCUCGACCAGUUUGGAAAGACCAAGGUGCACUUACACUGUUGUGUCUUUUUUGGGCAGCCUGACCCUCCUGCUCCUUGCACCUGCCCACUCAGGCAGGCUUGGGGAAGCCUCGACGCCCUGAUAGGGCGCCUCAGGGCAGCAUAUGAGGAACAUGGGGGAGCACCGGAGACCAAUCCUUUCGGUAACGGAGCUAUUCGGGUUUACCUGAGGGAAGUGAAGGAGUGCCAAGCUAAGGCGAGAGGGAUCCCGUACAAGAAGAAAAAGAAGAGGAGGAACAAUCAGCUCAAGGCGAUUAGCGAUGAGGCUAAGGGUUUGAAGCAAAUCGCUUCUUGAUUAGGUGCUUCGGGCUUCAGCAGAUCGAUUAUUGGAGGGUCAUUCGGACGCAUGAGGUGGAUAUAUAUAGCGUGGUCGUAAUCUGUAUUUCUUCCUCGGAAAAUGUUGAAAUAUGUUGCGACUUAUAUCAGCUAGCCUAGCUCUAAAUAAUCUCUACUACGUACUACAGCAAGCUAGCUAAUUCAAACCCUACUUGUUUUACUUAAUUUUAAAGUUUUAAGUAGUUGCAUGGAGAUCAAUCUAGUACAUGCACCUCUUGUAAGUUAAUUUCGAUCUAGUUACAAUUUCCCAGACAUGUUCUAAAGCUAGCAAACAAUAUGCUAUAUCUGUGUAGCUCUCCAUAUUACAUCUGGCUGUUUCUCUUAUCUAAUGGUGUAAAUCAGAUUAU